GGGGUUGUCAAAGCUGCGAGCCAUGGCGCAGGGCGUCCAGGGGGCGGCGCCGGGGACCCCCCCGCCCCUGCCGCCACCUCCGGCGCCACCCCCCUCGCGGGGCGCUCCGUUCCUCCGGGCGGCGCUGGAGCAGGCGGCCGGCCUCGGGGACCGCGACGGCGUGCGGGAGCUCCUGCGGCGGCGGAAGGCCCGGUUUGGCCGACACCUGAACUGGCUCCUUUUCCACAACCCCGUCCCUUCCCGCAUCCAGGAGGGCCCGCAGUGUGGUUUGGUGGCACUUUGGAUGGCUGGUGCACACCUCUCUUUGCCUUCUGAUGUUCCCCUGGAGAGAAUUAUGCAGGUGGCUUUGGAGAGAGGCUACACAGCCCAGGGAGAGAUGUUCUCAGCUGCCGACAUGGCCAAGCUGGCUGAGGAGGUCUUUCCCUGUGAGACACAGCUGCUCUCUGGGGGCUUGCAAGGACAGAACCACGAAAGGAUCCUUCAGCAUCUUGGUGCUGGCUUCCCUGCACUGAUACCCUACGAUGAGGACUACAACCACGAACCCUGCCUCCGGAAUGGCCACAAGGCGCAUUGGGCUAUUGCCUCGGGAGCUCUGCUUGGUCUGAAGAGCGACUUCCAGCUACCUGCCUGCCAGGAAGACGAGGACAUCCUGGGGCUCUUCCACGCCAGCCAUGCUGCUUCUGCUGUGCCCUUGGAGGCUGUUGCUGAGACAUACUUGUUGUCAAAGCAGGGCAAGAGUUGCCGCUAUCAGCUGUGGAAGUAUUCUCAGGUGCAGGAGAGCAACGCCCAGCUGACAGGCUUCAGUCCCAGGCGGGCGACUGACGGAAAGGUUUACAUCGUGCCAGCAGGGGGUGUGCAAGAGGGACUGUGCGGAAAAGCAGUGUUGCUGCGGCCAAGGCCCUGAGGGCACUCCAGUGGCACCGGUCUGGCAUGGUGGGAGGUCUUGGCUGGAAGGAGGUGGUUUCUGCAGCUAGCCGUGCAGAAGCUCCACUGGGUUGUUAGAGACUUAGACAAAUUUGUGGAGACAGCUCACAUUUAGCUGUGCCUUGCGGGACUAUGAACACCAAGGGAUGUUGGGAAGAAGGAAAAAGAGGCUGUUCCCUCCCUGUCCUAUGAGUCCCUGAGUAGCUCUAAUUAACCAGGAUGCCUGGACAAGCGAACUUGCAUCCUCAUGUAAGGCAAGGCAGUUACCCAGGUGGCCACAAUACCUGGGGCCCCAAUCCACCAGCAAGAAGCUUCCCCCUGCAAGCUUCCUUCAGCACAAAAAAGCAGUGCAUUAGAUCUUAGUUGUACUCCUGUCUUCUUAGGGCCUGAAGUUGCAUUAGAUCUCCUAGGAGUCUGGUCCCCAGAAGGCCCAGCAGACUGCUCCCCUGCUUUAGGUUGGCAGGCCAUCUUCUGCCCCCCAGCCUCAGCACCCACUCUGAGCCAGCCUGACAAUAUCUUUCCCUGCUUCAUUUUCAGAAUAGUAUGUGUUACUUAUUUUUAGCUAUCUGGAACUUCACUUGUUUCAAAGCCAGACCAGGUUAAAUCUUUAAUGUCAGCACUUUUUUUAAAAAGCACUAUGGUUGGGGAGAGGCAAACUUAUACUCAAAGGCCCCUCUUAAACCCAUUUAUGCCAACCAAUCCUGCUUUAAGACUUUGUGUGUGACCAUAGAUGAAAGAUGGGAGGAAAUACAGCUUUCAGAUAGGUUAAGUUUCUUCUCCGCAGUCUGCUUGAGAAUGGUUUACUGUUCUGAUUCAGGCAAGACAAAUUUUGAAAAUGUAAGGAGGAGGAAAUAGAAGAGAUGCCUGGGUGAAAAUCUUUUUUUCCUCAAGUUACUGCAUGCCUUUUUCCCCCUGUGCUGGUGGCAUUAGUUUAAUAAAGGCAUGCAACUCUCGAUGCUUUGGGCCCGGAAUGAAUGUUUAGGGCUUUUUGGUGCCACCUUGCCCCCCCCCCCUUUUAGCUGUUUUAGCUCCCUCUCUCUUUACUGCCACCAUUGUCCCAGUCCACAUACUUUCCUUGAGAGGAUCUUCGGUGACAGGGAACCAGACAGUUUUAUGGCUGGCUUCUAAAAUAGCAUCUCCUUCCUUGUUCUGUGCAGAGUGAGUGCAAGAUGCAACUGUCUAACAGUCCAUUUGGACCCUUUGAAGUCCCCCACCCCCAGAAGGCGACAAGUCAAAGGCCAUUUGGAAUCUGAGUUGGUCUUUCCAGAUUUUUUUAUUGGAUUAUUU